CUGAAGCAACCAAAGCCACAUUAUGUUUUUCGUUCAAAAAUAGGAAUAUGGGAAGAGAAGAGGAAUCUCCGGCGAUACCUUUGAUCGGAAAAUAUGGCGGAAGCGGCGGAUGGAUGGCGGAGGAGGUCAAGAAGCAGGUUUUGCUGGGAGGGCCAUUGGUUGUCGUAAAUGCCCUUCAGUACUGUCUUCAGGUGAUCUCCGUCGCCGUCGUCGGCCAUCAGAGCUCGUUGGCUCUCUCCGGCGUCUCCAUCGCCAAUUCCUUCGCCCAAAUCUCCGGCUUCAGCUUCCUCAUGGGGUUAUCAGCUGCAUUGGACACACUAUGCGGCCAAUCCCACGGGGCAAAACUACACCGCAUGUUGGGGGUUCACACACAAAGAGCAAUGCUUGUUCUUGUAACCUUAUGCAUACCUUUGUCCCUCUUAUGGACAAAAACACAAUCUAUCCUCAUGUUUCUCGGACAAAACCGAUCGAUCUCGGAGAUUUCCGGCUCAUACAUCACUUUCAUGAUCCCGGGACUUUUCGGAUUCGCCCUUCUUCAGUGCUUUAACCGAUUCUUCACGUCUCAAAACAAGGUUUUUCCGUUGAUGCUCUCCUCGGUUUUCGCCACUCUUCUUCACAUUCCAAUCUGUUGGGGGUUCGUUUUCAAGUUCGGGUUUGGGAUAAGAGGAGCUGCGUUGGCUCUUUCGGUUUCCUAUUGGGUUAAUGUCAUCUUGUUGAGCCUUUACAUCAAGUUUUCCUCUUCUUGCUCGAAAUCUUGGGACGGGUUCUCACGAGAGGCUCUCGAGAAUUUUUCUGCGUUUUUUCAGCUCGCUGUUCCGUCGGUGAUCAUGUUUUGUUUAACUAUAUGGUCAUCCGAGACGAUGGUUUUCCUGUCGGGCUUACUUCCGAACGCCGUCUCGGAAACUUCAGUAUUCUCCACUUGUCUAGCAAUCGCAACGAUAACUCGGAUGAUCCCCUAUGCAUCAACGGCCGUAAUAAGUGUGAGGGUAUCGAACGAGCUGGGGGCGGGAAAUGCGGAUGCUGCAUUGCGAGCUAUUCGCGUAUGCUUUGGUGUGACGAUUGCGGCAUGUGGGUUGAUAGGAUCGGGUUUGAUAAUCGCACGUAAAACGUUGGGAUAUAUGUACUCGGAGGAAGCAGGGGUGGUGAAAGGAGUAGCCUCUAUGGUGCCUCUCCUCUCCAUAUCCUACCUCCUUGACAGCCUUCAGUGCAUCCUUUCAGGAGUACUGUCGGGGUCCGGAUGGCAAAAAAUCGGAGCAUUAGUGAACCUCGGAUCGUAUUAUCUCGUCGGAAUCCCGUCGGCGAUUUUGUUCGGCUUCCUGUUACAUAUGGGAGCAACGGGCUUAUGGAUGGGAAUCAUAUGUGCUGCUCUUACGCAAGUGUUGGCUAUCUCUCUUGUCAUGAUCCGUACCAACUGGUCCGAAGAGGUGAAUAAAGCUAAUGGAAGAGUUUAUGCAUCAAUCAUGCCGGAGACUAUGGACAUGGUUGUGGCAUCGUGAAGACUUCCUUGGACAAACCAAAACCAUAUUAUAUAUAUAAAUAAAAAAAAAAACAGAAUCAUCAUUGGUUAUUUCACACAAAACGACGGUGUUUCUCGAUUUUACA